AUGAUUGGAGCAGAGAGACUCAUCCUCAUUGGCUGCCUGCUGCAAGACUCUCCACCCAAACCCAAGUUAACCCCAGAGAAGGUGGUGGUGAUGGAGGGGACCUCUGUGAGUUUGAGCUGCUCUGCUGCAGCCCCCUGUCCCAAACUCCCCCCAAAUCUGACAUGGACCCCCAGGCUGAGUGACAGUGUGGAUCAACUGCAAGAGAAUAAGGAUAAUACCAAAUCUGUGUCUUCUGUUCUGACCUUCACUGCUUCCCACCUCCACCAUAGGCAGAAGAUCACCUACAUGCCUCAGAUCUCUGGCUCUGGGAGCUGCAGCAGAACUGCAGCAGAGAUCAGCUGCUCCUGUGAGAGCCGUGGGAAUCCCUCUCCCAGCAUGGAGUGGCGUGUGUCUGGACUGCGGGUCACUAACUCUGCUAACAGAGUCAUCAGGGAGGAGCAGCUGGGGAACACAGGCCUGAGGAGCUCCCUCACCAUGCGCCACUCACAGGGAGACACGGCCACUCUCCUCUGCCUCAGUACCAACGCUCUCGGCACCUCCAGCCUCCAGCUCCAUGCCCCGUCUCCAGACUCAGGUUUCAACAUUACCGCACUGCUGAUUAGUGCUGCUGCUGUAGUUGGCGCCAUUGUGACUAUAUGCCUCAUCAUGAAGACCAUUCAAAAGCAGGGGUGGGCAAUUCCAUUCCUGCAGGGCUGGAAAAAGAGAGACAGUGAGUCUACUGAUACUAGCAGGAUGGACACCGUAGGGAGUCCUCCCCCAGCAGAAGAAGACCCAGUCUACGCCAACCACUCCAUGGCAACCACCCAACCCAGGGACCCACAGCUGGGAGGGACAGACCCACAGCCCCUGGCAGAGGACCUAAACAAGGCAGAGCUGGAAACCAUGCAUUACGCCUCGAUAAAGCACUCCCCCCGCUCCGUGGAGACACAGGGCCAGGAUGCCCGUGAAGGAGCCGCAGGUCACGGUGACGAUGUGGUCUAUUCACAGGUGGUGCUGGAGAAAAUAAUGGAGGUCAACCCAGAACUUUGUCUUUAAAAAUAAGGACGCGCAACCUUAACGAUUUUACUCUUCUGUAGAUAAAGAAUAAAGAAUCAAUUCAUUAACUUCAGACUUUGGACAAUGCAGCAACAGCCAAAUUAGUUUUUUUAUUUUUAUUUUUAAAGGAACACUUGCAUUUCAACUGAGAUUGAAUCCAGGGAUCAUCCUUGGCUCAGCCUAUGUCGAAACUUUUGUGGUUAGCAUAACUGUGUAGCAUUUGCAUGUAGCCAUGUUGCGUAUACCCUCACUGGAAUGGACAUUUUUGCCAGAUCUAGCACUUCAUAUUGUUAUUUUCUCUCACAUACCAAGACACUCUGCAUAGGGCUGUCAGCCAAAUGAAUGCAACAUA